AACACCAUGACGACGCUUCUGGACCUCAAGAGCAGUGUGCUGCGGCAGGUGCAGCGGAGCCAGUCGCUGAGGAGCCGACGGGAGACUCCGCCCUCGGCCGGCAGCCCCCUCACACCAUAUCCCGAGCCCUUACCUCGCAGGAUUUCCGAGGAGAGCGCGGAGUUCUUUGAGCGCAUGAACGCUGUCCUCCAGAAGCAGGAGAACAUGCUGCGGGCCGCGGACGCCGAGUGUCAAAGAGGAGCCUGCACUGUGCCGCCGCCCCAGGAACACGUGGACCAGGCCUUCAUCCCCGACAGAAUCAGCAGGACGGAGCUGGACCUGCUUUAUGAGGAAGCUGUGUACACGGUGGUCAACAGGGUCGGCGUGCCUUCAGCGGAGCACGUGAAAAGUGACGAAGAGCUGUUCACAUACUUGCCCAAGGUGUUUGAUAUGGGCGAGGAGGAACAUGACAUCAUUCUCCAAAAAGUCCAAGAAUCCAAGAGAGCCAGCUUUUCUUUGAGAGUCUCCGUUAUGAAGGCAAAGAAUCUGAUGGCCAAGGACGCAAACGGGUACAGUGACCCCUACUGCAUGCUGGGAAUCCUGGUGGGCCAGAGUCCCCGGGAGAUGGAGGAGAAGAAGGAGAGAAAGUUCAGCUUCAGGAAGAGGAGGGAGAAGCUGGAGAAGCGAUCCAGCACCAAGGAGGUGUUGCCCGCCAGGUGCAUCCAGGUGACCGAGGUCAAACCGGAGACUCUCAACCCAGUGUGGGACGAGCACUUCGUGUUUGAAAUAGAUGACGUCCACAAUGACCUACUACAUCUGGACAUCUGGGACCACGACGAUGACGUGUCUGUCGCUGAAGCCUGCAAAAAGCUCAAUGAAGUCAGUGGACUUCGAGGAAUGGGCAGGUAUUUCAAGCAGAUCGCAAAGUCGGUGCGUGCCAACGGCUCCGCGUCCUCUGGCUCCGAAGAGAACGCCGACGACUUCCUCGGCUGCAUCAACAUCUCUUUGAACGAGGUUCCUGUCAUCGGUUACGACACAUGGUUCAAACUGGAGCCACGGUCGAGUGCAUCCAAAGUUCAGGGAGAGUGUCACCUGAUGCUGAAGCUCUUCACCAACCAGAGAGACACAACUUUAUCCAAGAAGGAAUCAAACAUCUCCAUUCACAAGAAACUGCUGAGUCAGAUUGUGGAGUAUGAGCAUGCACAUGUUAAGAGAGAGCCGUACAACUGGAACGGACAGGUUUGUCCUCCAGCCUGGACUGUGCUGACUCACCACGCGGUGCAGACUGAUCUCUCACCUCUCCAACAGGCCAUUAUUCGCUGGCAGUGCUACAGCGGCCACCAUCGGACCCAGAGGGUGUGCUACUCCCUGCUGCUGCGCCUCCUGAGAACCAUCGAUGCAGAGUGGGACCCUCCCACUGUGAGGGGAGACCUGGAGAGGCAGCUGUCAGACAGCUUCAGGCUGUACACAGAGCACUGCCUGUGCCUGAUGAAGAACAUGCGUCAGGUUUUCCCCUGCACCAGCGCCGCUGCCAUUACGCGCUACGAGCUCAUGCUGAGGGGGAUUGGCUACAUGCAAAACAUGCGUGCGUUUAAGACUGUGUGCCCGCUACGAAAUGAGCUGCAUUUGGACAUCACCACUGCUGUCAAGAAAGGGACAGCGGAGUGGUACGAGAGCUUGAUUGCACGUUAUAAACUAGAGGUUGGGACUCUGGAGGAGCAGCUGAAGAAGCUGGUCCAUGUGGUGGACGCCGUGUGUGCCGACGUACAGAGAGCCCAGAGAAUCUACAACAAACUCUUCUACAGUGCUGUGAAAGUAGAUUUCCUCAGCAUAUCAUACAGACAGUUGGAGAAGCAGGUGGCCGACGACGUGAAUGGCGCGAUGGAGCGAGUGUGUGGGACGCUGGAGCAGGAGAGUUCCAAACUGACUCAAACCAUGGGCGAGACCAUCUACGAGCUCUUCAUGUCUUUGAAAAUCCUCAAAGGCUUCCGGGAGUUUCUUCCACUCAAGGAUGCUAAAAUGUUGGCCUUGACGGGCUUCCAUAACUGGUUCAAAUCCUCGAUUCACAAGUGGCUGCAGAUCAUUCACGACAGAUCGUGUGACAGGAUCCGUAAGGCAGUGGAGUCAGACAAGCUGGAGUCCGUGCAGCAGGCCCUUCACAGCUCCUCCGCAGUGGAGGUGACAACCUGCUUCAGCCAGGUACGGGAGAUCUGGCUCCAGAUGGCCUGGCCAGACUCUGCGGGGGCCUUCAUCUUCGUCACUCGACUGACAGACAACUUCUGCAGUGAGGCCGUUUGCUACUCAGAGAUGAUAACGCGCAAGAUUGAGAGGAACCAGCUGGGCCGAGACCACAAGAGCUUCACAGUGCAGCUCUGCGUCGCCCUGAACAACACAGAGCACGUUCGCGUUUUCCUGGCCCGCCUGCCCCAGGACUUGGACUGGCAAGGUGUGGAGCGGGCGAUGGAGGAGUCCUGCGGCGUGGACGGGAAGGAUCAGGUGUACAAGGCGCUCAAUGGGCAGCUGUUCAACGUGGACCUGGACCUGCAGAGAGAGGCCAAGCGCCUCAUCGCGCUGCUCACUGACAAGAUGAUGCCUGAGCUGCGGAGGUACAUCCAGCACAUCAGCCUUUCACCCGACUCCAUCAACAAUGACGACGCUGUGUCUCCUCUCAUGAAGUAUCUGCAGGACACGAUGCUCAUUCUCACUGAAAACCUUGUGAAGGAAAACCUGACGAGAGCUCUCCAGAGCAUGUGGGAGCUGCUCCUGCGAAUGAUCCUGGACACGGUCGUGGAAAACAGAGGCGUCCAGGUGGAGUUCUACAACCGCUUCCAGUACACGGUGGAGACGGUGUUGCAGUUUUUCCACGCUAAUGGACAGCGUCUUUCCCUGGAGGACAUGAAGAGUGGCGACUACAAGGUCCUGGACGAGGAGCUGCGGCUGAAUAAAUGCUCCUCCUUUGAGCUGAUUGAACAGUACUACCUGGAGAAGAUUUCCCACCAAAAAACACUCAAACAUACCCGUUACGGUCGGAUCAGCGUCAAGUGCUACUACGAUGCUCCAGAACAGAGACUGACGGUGGAGAUUCUUCACGCUGCCGAUAUCAUCGCACUGGACGCCAACGGUCUGAGCGACCCGUUUGUCAUCGUGGAGCUCUGUCCUCACCACCUCUUCCCCAUGGCCAAGAGUCAACGCACGCAAGUGAAGCUCAAGACGCUGCACCCGGUGUUUGACGAACUCUUUUACUUCCACGUCAGUCCUGAACAGUACAGACACAGGUUUGCCUGCUUGACCUUCACUGUGAUGGACUACGACUGGCUCUCCACCAACGACUUCGCCGGCGAAGCCCUGGCUCCCCUGAGCGACUUCUGCUGGCCGGGGAGACCGAACGCCUCGGCAGCCGGGAAGAGCGUGCAGCCGGCCAUUCUGCACCUGUCUCGCAGUAAACCCAGCGAGAAGCCAAUCAUGAGGAUGCUGGAAGCUCGCGUCGGAGACAGGGAGGCUCAGGAGUUUGUCCGCAGGCUGAAGGAGAUUGAGAAGUCGAUGGAGGAGGAGUGAAACCCAUCAGCGCUGCCCCUCGCGUCCGUGUUUUCUGACCUCGUCUUGCAACCUGUGCUUUUUGUACCGGUACGAUGUUUACAAUAUUUAUUUA